AAUUUUUUAUCUGCAACUUGUUGUUUUGUUUCAGUCAAUCUUUCGAACUGGUUUUCCACGGUUUUAAGGGAUGUACAAAUUCAAGUUUAAUGAUCCAUCUUCGGAAAAUUACCUAUCUUAAUGAAGAUGUUCGUGCGUUCAUCGCAGCUGGUUCCUGACAAAGGAAAGACUGGCGAAUGGAUAAAAAGAAAUCCUUUUGAACUUGAUGACAAAGAUGAAGUAUGUAAGAUUUGGAAUUCCAUGAGCGGUGAAGAAGGAGAAAUAAAUAUUUUAUUUCGAUAUGGACAAAACAGAAGUUUAGAUUUUAUGAGAAAUGAGUGGAGAUGGGGCAAAGAACCAGAUCUUCAAAGCUUGAAAUUGCAUCUUGCAAACAGUUUUGGAUCAUUAGAUGAGGUUGCUAAAGCAGAAGCUUGUCAAUCUCCUCUUUAUAUUGAUAUGUUCAACAAACUUUACGUUAACAAAAGAUAUUAUGAAGCAGUUGCUGAUCAUUUGAGAUUUAGAGAUUGCAAAUCACAGGAUCAUAGAGGAAUAAAAUCAAAAAUAACCGCUUACAAAUUAAGAUCUGAUGACAAUGCUGCUUCUACUGAAUUAGAGUCACCUUUGGAUAAUUUGGCUCAAGUUGGAAGUAAAGUAGCUCUGUCGUUUGCUUUUACAUUCCUCAAAAGAGCAUGGAGAUCAAGCGAAGAUUCUGAUUUAUGCACAGAUUUAUUACAGGACACUCUAUUUGCUUUUCGUGCUCUUCCGCCAGCAUCCAUGUAUGAUGUUUCAAAAAUAUCCAAAACCUGGAUUAAUGUUGUCGACAGAUCAAAAGAAUUUCUAAAAUCGGUUGCUUGUGGGGACUUGGGCAACACACAUGAUGUGGGUUCUUCUGUUCAUACAAUACCAAUAUCAGAUCAACAUUUAGCAAUAGAUUUACUCCUGGAAAUAUCAUUGCAAAAAGGAACUUUAUGCAGCAUUUUGGAAAUCUUGUUUUAUUUGUUGAACAUGUGGGAAGCGAGGAAACAACAUCCGGAACAAAAGAAAAAUCAUCAACGAACUAGUGGUCCUCUUUCAUCAUUUCUGAAGAGAGUUCGAGCUUUGAUUAUGAAAUUGAAAUUGGAACAAGAGAUCUAUGCUGAAAUUGAAUUAGAAAAUCAAGAUUCAUCUUCUAAUGAUGACAAGACUGAUGUGAAUGACUUUUUGCUUGAGAAUUUGUAUUUUCCUGACAAUGAUGAUGUGUUUCUAGAUUUUCAACAAGUUGUCGUUUUAUCUCUUGCUUAUUUGAGUCAACUCGCAAAACCUUUACUGAGGAAUAAAUGUAUUGUUAAUGUGAAUUAUGAAAAGGAAAAAUUGUUUGAAUAUGGCAAAUUUGACAAGGAGUUUAAAGUAUUAGAGUGGAACAACAAUGGCAAUUUUGCUUCUCCCAAACUGCUCAAUGGUCUCAACGAUGUAAAAGAUAUUCUACUUGGUGAUCUAUUUAAUGUUGCACUCACGCGAUCGGGUGAAAUACUCAUAUUUGGUCAUUUCCAUGAAUGGUCCGAAGCGGGUAUAUGUGAUGCAAGAAAAAAUGGCAGAAUGAAGGUUGUUAAGCUGAAAACUGACAGAGUGAAAUUUGUAAAAAUAUCUAUGAAUCAAAUAUCUUCAUACUUUUUAGCCUUAUCAGACAAAGGUGUUGUUUACAUAUGUGGUACAGUGUCUUUGUGCCCUAUUACACUGAAAUGUCAAAAAUUCUCGGAUGAACUUACCAAUAUUGAUAGUUUUGUCUCAUUGAAAGGAUUGGGAAAAAUUAUUGACAUAGCAUGCGGUUCAUAUUAUGUUGCAAUGAUUGCUGAAAAUGGAAAACUGUAUUACUGGAAUAUAGCUCAGAAUAAAGAUUCAAAUCGACCAAAAACAUUUGAUCAAUUGAAGAAGCAAUACAUCGUCAGUUUUUCCAGCAGUCCAUCUGAUAGUCAUGCAUUAGCGUUAACCGUAGAUGAUGAGAUCAUAACAUUUGAUAUUGAGAGCGGAGGAGUUUUAAAACUGAAAGAAAGCGUCCAAUUAAAUCUGGAUGAAAAUUCAGAAACAUAUGAAACAGUACGAAUAAAAAAAAUUUGUGCAUGUAACCAAUUUUCUGCUGCAAUAACAAACACAGGAAAAAUGUAUAUCUGGGGUACCAAUGUUGGUGGUUUAGUGAAACAACAAACCGUGACCAUUCAAAUGCCAAUUAUGGUUGAAGGUAUAGCAGAAAUAUCAAAUAUCCUAUCUGAUAACACAUAUGCUUAUGUGCUUUGUGAAAAUGGCUCGGUUUUGAAAUGUCCACGACAACCAAAUGAUUAUAGUUUUGCAUCCUGUUUUGGGAGGAAAGUAUCAGGAUUUGCGAUUGGACCUUACUACACUAUAUCUUGGGGGAUCAGCCAUUUUCCUGAAAGCAAUUUACCACAAAAUCUACCUUUUAUAUUACAAGCAACUGAUGAUACGUUGCUUCAGUUGGAUCAAUUCUUAACCAAGUUGUCUACAAAUAUUGAUCUGUCCUGGCCUCCAUCUCAAGAAAGGGAAUGUAUGACUGUUGCUAUUCUCAAUAUAUUGCGAUUACAACUGCAAGAAAAAAUUUGUCAUUUUAUACAAGAUAAUACAAUUCAUGGUACAAUGGAAUCGAAUCAAUGCAUCAAGAGUUUAAAGAAGAAUAUUAUUUAUCUUGCAAGCACACCAGGGAUAACCACAUCUAUCCAGUCCUGUGCUCAAAGUUGUCUGGAAUCAUCGUGGUGUAUCUUGAUUCCAUCUGCUUCAGAGCGAGUGGAAGAACUAAUGAACGUUUUGCGAUGUUGUUCCGAGACAGAUAAGCCUCAUCUUGCACAGGUAUUUCUAGUUGAAUUGUUAUUGAACAGCCUUCAAAUAGGAGAAGAUAUAGAAAUAUUGAUAAAAUCUGCAAUUGAUGAUAAAUCUGAAGCAAUUGAUCCUUCGAAAAAUGAGAAGGAACAAAAAGCAAAACUAGAAGGAAAACUUGCAGAUUUUGAUGAAGACAAUCAAGAUGAAAUAAGCAUGAAGGAAAGUCCUAUUGCAUGUGACAACUUUCUCAUAAAGCUUAUAGACUUGAUAUUGAUAGCAGUUUCUAGGCAAACACUGCAAAUUUUAAAGAAAAAUUCUGACAAAAAUGAAGGGACAGACUUGAAUGAAGCACUGACAGAAAAUCCAUAUUGUUCAAAGAAGAAAACAAGAAAUUGUCCUGCUCUGAAAUUUUUAUUUAAAUUUCAAACAAUCCUGACAGGCCAUUUGUUUGAUCCAAAGAAGCACAACGUCAGAAGCGCCAAUUUGAUGAGAAAUUAUACAAUGCUCAUGUGCAACCAUAUGUCAUCUAUAUUGAACGAAUGUUUAUCUUUUAUCGGUGAAGAAGUAGAUGCUUCCAAAUUUUAUUUUGUGUCACAAGUUUUGGAAACUGAUGCUGGAUGUUCAUUGUUUUCUUCUCUGGUGACAGCAAUACUUGUGAUUCAAAUUGAGCAUGGUGAAGAAAAUCGAAUCUUCUGUGACAAUCUCGACCUCAGAAUCGAUUUUAACGUAACAAAAUCUUUAUCAAAACUACUCAAGCUCUUAGAUACUUUCAAUUCUCUUGCACCAAAUGCAAAACAAGAAGAAGAUUAUGCAAUGAGUUUUCCACAUGUACAGUCAGAUAAGAAACCUUCAGAUUUCUUCGAAAACAACGAGGAAUCCCUCCCUAUAAUUCGUUGGUUCGAUUUGGAAAAUCAUAACUUGGACGGUGGAAAUUGGAUUGUUAUUGACGAUAAAGUAUUUGAUGUUGGACCUGGAGAUGACUGCACUGCAGGUACAAAGGACCAAAGAAAAGGUUCUCAUAUGUUGGUUGGAAAAUAUUUGUCCCCAGAAAAAGAUGUUCCGAUUGAUUUGUUGAGUUUUAACAAGGAUUCAAUGUAUUCACAUUUAACCGAUGUAACAAGAAUGCUUGCUGUGCUCAUAUCAACUCAUCUUUCACAACUUCAAACUCAUGAAAUGGCUCACAAAAGACUGGAAAAAAUUCCAAAGAACAUUCGAAAGUUGAUAAAACAUGGAACUGCCAUGAAGUUUUAUAAUGACAUAGAAUACAAAUCUUUACCUCGUGCUUAUGUGGAAGAAUCAACCCCUGAACUAUCAUUAUGUGAAGCUAUUUCACGAACUCAUCCAACCGCAGAAGCAUUUCUUACUUCUCUUAUUGAGCUGGAUAUCUCUGAAGCCACAUUGACAAAACAAAAAGUUUCACUUGAUCAGGAGAAUACAAAACUAGAAGAAGCUCGUACAGCUGCAACACAUUUCUUAAAAAAAUUUGAACAGACAUGCAGAAAGCAUGGUGUGGCUAUGCAUUCACAUUCAUCUGACAGAGCAGUUUUGGAACAGUUUGGUCGGUAUUACAUAGCAUGUCUUCUCAAGCAUCAUAAUCUGGUAGAUGCAACAAUCACUCAUUCUCAAUAUAAAAGUUCUCAUAACAAACAUACUCGAUUUCCACACAUUGUUCAUCAACUAUGUCUCGUUGUCGUUCGAGCCAAAUUGAAAAUUAUUCAAGACCACCAGUCGUCAGAAAAGUCAUAUGAACAAAUUUGUGAACCUUUGAUGAAACGUUUGGACUUCUUAUUGAAAGAUAUUCUUCCACCUACUUCUGAUUUGUGUGAAAUGAUGUCUCAUAAUGUAGGAGCUCCUUUGAGCAGAUGGAAACAUGCCUUUCAAGUUUUGCGAGAACAGAAAAUGGAAUCUUCUUCAGGUGAUCAAAAUGAUUCGAUUGAACAACAUUUGGAAAGUGAAGAAGAUCAAAGUGAACUUAAUGUCAAAAUUGAUUGUGACUCAGCAGAAAUUGUACCUGCUUCAUCAUCAUCUUCAGAGGGAUCUCCUGCAAAUCUGACCAAAGUAAAAAUAAAGAAAAAUGAUUCUGAGGAUGAAUGUGAAAAAAUAUUGGAAAAACAAAUUCCAAAGAGAUCUAUUGAUUCAUGGAAAUUACUUUACCAAGUGGCUUCUUCAAAAAAGUUUCGUAAAAUAUUGUCAGAUCGAAUGAAUGGUCCGGAAUCCAUUGAUGAUGACAUCACAUCAGCAAUCAACGAUUUUGUCUUUAAACCAACCGUGAAUUUGCCUGAUAUUCGUCUUACAAUGGCUGAAGCCAGUGACAGCGUCUCCAUCUGUAUCAAUUCGAUUUUAACAAUGUUUGAUGUUUUUGAUGAAACAUUUUCAAUGCCUUCUACUGUCUUCUGCCUGAGAAGUGCUUGGGGUGGACUUCUACAUCAUCAAUAUGGUGGAAUAAAUAGUAAAUCAACCAUGCAAAUAGAAGCAGAAAAGGAGACUGAAAAGAAGAAACGAGCUGAAGAAGAAGCAAAACCUGAAAAUGAAAAAACAACUUUUAUUGGAUGCGAAAGGAAACAAUCUAUUUAUGAAAAUAUUAUUUCAUCAGAUCGAUCACUUCCAGUUCGACCUCACAUGACGGUUUUGUUGCGAAUGAUCAGAAAACAUUUCAUGUAUCGAGUUAUUGAUGAAUUGUGUGAUGAAAUGAUUGAUGUUCUUCCUAAUUCUGACAAAAAUUUAUUGAACUCUUCGCUGAACAUUUCUGCGCAUUCUAAAUUUCCAAGAAUAAAUCGACAUACCUUGAUCAGCAAAAGCAGGAUUUUGAGUGAAAAAAUUCGAAUGUUGCAUUUUGCAUGGAGUACAACAGACUUCGAUUUAUCUCAGUCCAUACUUUUUGGCUGCCAGACAUUGCUUGAAAAAUUAUUGGUUUAUAUUCAUCAACAUGAUAUUUUUCCUGUCCAAGAUCAAUAUCAGAAAACAAAAGACAAAGAAAAGAAAUCUGCUGAGAUUUCCGAUCAAUGUAUUUUGGAUCCUGAAAGUAUUGCAAGAAAAAAAGAGAAAAUAAAACAAAUGGAAAGCGGUCCUCAACUUGUAAAAGCAAUGCAUUAUUGCACAAAAGUUGUCAGAGGACGAGAUUGGAAAUGGCAAAAUCAGGAUGGAACUCCUCCGAAACCUGGCGAAGUUGUCGGACUCCCUGAUGAUGGAUGGGUUAGAGUUAGAUGGCAAUCUGGUAUCACAAAUUCAUACAGAAUGGGCAAGGAUGAUAAAUAUGAUGUUAAACUUUUAUUUCCUGAACAUCACAUCAAUAUAUAUGAAGAUGAUGAUGACAGUGGAGAUAAAGAUGUUUUCAAUAAAACAUUAUCAAGAUGGAAAUAUACUUCUAGUACGAGUGGUAAAGGCUCACCACUGAGACCUAUUAAAGAUUUGGGAGAGAUUGCUUCUUUAUCUUUACAAGUACAGUUUCUGGCAACAAUUCAGUGUAAUCAUCUGAAUGAUGGCGUAGGGAGAAUCAUCAGCAAAAGAAUGUACAGUAUAAUUGAUCGUUCAAAUGGACAUUCGUUACAAAAGAUUGGAGUUUGGCAUAGUCUUGAAUUUGUACGAAUGCUCAUGACAAACAAAGAUCUUGCGACAUUUUUUACGACUCCUGCAUGGCUACAAUUAUUAAAAGAUGUCAUAGGUCACGAUUAUUGUUCUGUCAAUGAAGGAAAUGUUGAAGAACAAAUCCAAGCAAUGUGGUUACUCGGAAAAGUAUUGUCGUCACUCCCUCAUGAUUCAAAAACUUUUCCAUCGCAACGAGACUCAAUUGUCAAAUAUUUGUUUAAAACACUGGGAUUAUUAGUUCUUGGACUCAAACUUCAAGAUCCGACCUUACACUCCUGCAAAAAUGCAUUUCUGAAGAGAAACCCAUUUAUGCCUGGAAUUUCAACAUUUUCUGAUCAUGCUGGUACUAUCGCAGAAGAUAUUGUUGUUUUAUUGAGAAAACUGCACACUGAUAUUCAUUGGAAGGACAAAAUCAGCGACACAAUCUGUUCUAAUCUCCAAUUCAUACCAUCGUUUAUGCUAUCAGCAACAAAAAAUGCUCAUGAACUUAAUGAAGAGAAGUUGUCAUCUGCUGUUGGCACGUUGGCAAUGAUUUGUCAAGCAGAUAGAAGGAUCCGAGUUGGCGGUGCCGUGUUGCAACAAGACAAAUCGAGAUAUGGAUCCAGCAAAGAAAAAGGAAUUGGUGUUGCUGCAGAAGUCGAUCAACCUGAUGGUAAAGUUACUGGAUAUAUGAAAUGGUCAUGGAGUCGAGAAACAUACAUGAGUACCAUGGAUCACAAUGAAAUGAAGCCGUUACCUCCAGAAAAAAAGUUUCUCUCUGAUGCUCUUGAUUGGUCACAAGAUUUGAUAUCUGCCUGCAGUCAGUUAUUGAAGAUUGCUCUCUUGCCGAUCAAUACUUUUGUUCAAAGCGCUAAUUUGUUGGAAAGAAAUGAAAUAGCGAAGAUAUCUAGUGGCGCUCGCCCUAAAAAUAAAUCUCAUCUGACACCUAGAUUAGACCAUAAUCUUGAGGAACAACUUGAACUGUGCAAACUUCAACUUCAUCUGUUUUUGUUGAGAUCUCUGCCUAUAUUAUUCCAAGAUCAAAACAUACUGAGAAGUGUUUUAAAAUUCGCUCCGAUAUCUGCUAGUUAUGAUACUGAAAAAACACAAGAAAUUGACGAUGAAACAUCCAUAGAAAAUAAAGGAAUGGAAAUUCAACAAGAAGAAGAAGUAAUAUCACAACUAUCAUCGUCUUGUCCCAGCUCUUCUAAUAAUCUUCUACAAAACGAAAGCAUUCGAAAAAUGGCUUCAGAAGGGAAUUUGACAAGAGUUAAAACUGGCGACAACAAUGUUUUUUCAUUAGAUGAUAUUAAAAUACAUGAAGCAAGGGCGAUUGGAGUUUCAGACUCGAAGGAAAUUGACAUAGAUGAGUCGACUGAAGUUACAGAAGUAACGGAAGAAUAUCAAUCUGACACAGAUGAUACAAUUGAUUCUGAACAUUCUAAUGUAAAUGCACCGACCAUAGAAGGCAUCGAAGAGAGUAACAAGACAACCUUACAAGAAGCAUUGUGUCUUGCUGUUCGACCAUCUAAAUUGAAACCAUGUAUCAAAAUAGAAGAGCUUGAAGAUGCUGUUGCAGCUCUUCUCAUAUUUAUUGAGUCUUCAGUUGAUCAACAGGAUAUUUUACAAGAUUAUUUCCAGACUAUAAAAAUUCCGCAGUCAGUUUUAAAACUCUGGGACGAUGGAUCAAACCAACCUAAAAUUUCAAAUUUGCAGAGUUCGAGCAUUACCUUGAAAAAGAAAAGAAGUGAAAGAAGAAGUCAUCAAAUCGAACAAGUACGUCAGAACGAGAAUUUACAUGGAGAACCAAUGAGACAACAACUGAUAAGAAGGAGACAUAGAAGAAGAAGAAAUAAUGAAUCUGAAAAUGAAAGAAGUUCAACUACCCCAAGAGUACCACGAUGGACUCCACUUCCGGGACAGUCGGAGCCUUCUUCAGGUCAUGCAGAGAAGAAUUCGUGGCAAGGUUUGGUUUCACCAGGCAAAAUGCAAACUCUUCAAGAAAUGGGAUUUGAAGAGAAACAUAUUAUUCAGUCUUAUAAAGAAUUAAGGAAAAGACCAAUACUACCUUCAAGAAGAGAUGUUGCACAAGGUGGUUUUGAACCUGGUAUGGAGCUGGUUGUUGCUUGGUUAUUAGAACAUCCAUGGCAGGAAGAAGACACAGAAAAUACACCACCUAGUGAAAAUGAGGAAGACGAAGAAGAAGUAGAUGGAUUUACGAUUAUUGAAAAUGACGCAUUCGGUUUACGACAACAUUUACUUGAGCAAUCGUCUACUGAAUCUGAUCCUUCAACAUCUGAUGACAAGACUGAGGAUGAAAUGAAUUUGCCGGCUUUACCAUCCAUGGCUACUUCCACAAUUGAUGAACCAGAAGAGGAAAACAUACAAACAAUUAAUUACAAAAAACCUUCAGAAUUUGCCAGCUCUGAUGAAUAUGCAAAAUAUAUUCGAGAAAACAUCAAGGUUGGCAUGUUGAUAAAAUGUUGUAGAUCAUAUGAAGAUGUCAUGGAAGGAGACAUUGGUACGGUGUUGAGACUUGAUCAUGAUGGUCUGCAUGAUCUUAAUGUUCAUGCUGCAUGGAUUUCAAAAGGAGGAACAUAUUGGGUUCGAUAUAUUCAUGUUGAAAUGGUCGAAGAUAACUCGAAACAAGCAAAUACUAAGUUAAGUGAAAAUACAAAAGCAAUAACAGUUGGAGACAAGGUUCGAGUGAGACCGUCUGUUUCUGUUCCAAAAUAUAAAUGGGGUUCAGUCAAACAUAGUUCUGUUGGAAAAGUAAUCAGUAUUUCUGGAACAGAUGCCGUGGUUAACUUCGAAGAACAGCAGCAUUGGACGGGAUUGAUGACAGAAUUAGAACUUGUUGAAGAAAGUCAUCAACAAGUUACUUGCGAUAAUUGCCAGGCAAAUCCAAUUGUUGGAGCAAGAUACAAAUGCUCUGUGUGUUAUGAUUACGAUUUAUGUGAAAAGUGUUUCAAAGCAUUCCAACAUGCUACACCUCGUCAUGUAUUUGAUAUGAUUGAAAAUCCUGGAGCGACAAAAGUUCGAACGACUGCAAGUGGAGAUGCCAGUAAUCCUAGGCGAGCGUCUGCACGCUCAAUUACUGAACUUGAUGUUGCAUUUUCACCAGCGGGAAGUAAUUCAAAAGAAUCUUCUAAAGGACAGACAACCCCGCUUCCAAAAGAAACAACAACUUGGAAAAAAUUAGUAGAUAAUUUGGAAGCGUCAUCUGGUAAUGAUACGAUUGGUUAUUUACUUGAUGGCAAUGAUGAAACAUACUGGAAGUCGACCGGUACUUUGGGGGAACAUAAACUUACAUUGCAUAUGAGACAAGGUGCAGUUGUGACAAGUUUGGUCAUGCAGGUUGAUCCAGAUGAUAGCAGCUACAUGCCAAGUCUCGUUAAUAUCACAUUAUCAAAUGGCGAUGAUCAAAAAUCAAGAACAAUACGUAUCCAACCUUCAGCCAAACAUGUUUUGUUGUUGCGAGAUUGUGAUAAACCAUAUGACAGAAUAAUAAUCAAUAUUAAAAAGUGCAAAAGCUUUGGAAUCGAUUGCAAGAUUCAUAGCCUGUUUAUCAAAGGCUACCUACUUCCACCUAAACGUGUUUCUUCUGCGAUCGGAAAAUCAAAACAUUUUAUUGGAAAAGGAAAACAAUCAUCUGAUGACAGAAAACUUCAACAACUGUAUUUAGCUUCUGAUUCUGAAGAAGAUUGUGAAAAGUCACCUGGACAAACUGGACGUGGCAAGAAGCGUUCAUCAGGUGCAGUGGCAACCAAAGUAUAUGGAUGGGGUCUUAAUGAUAAAGAUCAACUUGGGGGACCAAAAGGAUCGAAGAUCAAAACUCCUCUCUUCUCAGAAAAACUCUCAUCACUGAAAGUUGCUCAAAUAACUGGAGGAUCAAAAAGUUUGUUCAUUGUCACUCAGGAAGGAAAGGUUUAUACUUGUGGUGAAUCAACAAACGGACGACUUGGUUUAGGACUUGUGACUUCGAAUGUAUCAACACCAACCAUUGUUUCACAUUUAUCGUCCUAUUAUGUCAAGAAAGUUGCUGUUCACAGUGGUGGACGACAUGCAAUGGCACUCACCUCAACAGGAGUUGUUUUUUCCUGGGGAGAUGGAGAGGAUGGAAAAUUAGGACAUUGUAAUAGAGCGGAUUGCCACAAACCACGACUAAUCGAGGCACUUAAAGGAGAACUGAUUGUUGAUAUAGCAUGUGGAAGUUCACAUAGUGCUGCAGUUACAUUGAAAGGUAGAUUGUAUACCUGGGGACAAGGGAAUUAUGGAAGAUUGGGACAUGGAGACAAUGCAACUCAAUUGAAACCAAAGUUUAUUAUGGCAUUGCAUGGAGUUCAUGUUGUGAAAGUUGCUUGCGGAAGCAGAGAUGCUCAGACUGUAUGUUUAUCGAGAAACGAAGUCGUGUAUUCCUGGGGAGACGGAGAUUUUGGAAAAUUAGGAAGAGGAGGGAGUGAAGGUUGUUCAACCCCACAAAUUGUUGAUAAAUUGAAUGAUAAAGGAAUUAUUGAUAUCGGUUGUGGAGCACAAUUCUCACUUGCAUUGAGUAAAACAGGAAAAAUAUGGACAUGGGGAAAAGGAGAUUAUUUUCGACUUGGACAAGGACACGAUCAACAUGUCAGACAUCCAACUAUUGUCAGCGGACUUGCCGAUAAAAAUAUUGUUAAAGUUGCCGUUGGUGCCCUGCAUUGUGUAGCUGUUACUGAUGCUGGAGAAGUUUAUUCAUGGGGAGACAAUGAUCAUGGACAACAAGGUAACAGCACAACCACAGUUAACAGAAAACCAGCUCUUGUUGAAGGUUUAACUGGAAUCAAAAUAUCUAAUGUUGCUUGCGGGUCAAGCCACAGCGUUGCAUGGUCUGUGGCUGAUGAAAAUCACAGCGGUUUGUUUGAGCCCAUAAGAUUUCCAGUUAUGAAGGAUUGUCUUGGAGAAUCAUAUGCACCUCAUGCAGAUCAUACCAGAAACAGAAACAAAAGUCUCAGAAAAACUCUUCUAUGUAUCUCUGGGGGAUAUUAUAAACCUAAAAUUGAAGAUUCGUCGUACGAUAAACCAAAACCAGAAGUUCGGCCAUCUCUGGCCAAAAUAUUGUUGUCACUCAAUGCUUAUGAAGGAAAAAAGUCAGCUCUGAAAACUGUUUUUCAGACUCUUCAGAUUCAUUUUGCUCGUGCACUUGUCACGCGUGCAUUACUACCAUCAAAAUAUGUAAAAGAAGAAAACGAAACAUCUUUGAAGAAUCAAGAAAUUUUAAAACCAAUAGCACUAUCUCCAACACCUUCUAAAAUUGACACAAGUGAUGUUCCAACCACUGCAAGAGUUGCAACAAACGAAUCAAUUAACGAUGAACCUGGGCCUUCAACUUCACAAAGCCAAACUUCUUUGUUUCCCGUUGAAAUCACAUUGGAGCCAUCUACAAGUGGGUCGUCCCACAGCAUCACUAACUCAAAGCAUCUUGAAGCAAAAAUUUCAGAUCAUGCAAUGGCGUCUCUCAUUGCCGAAACAAUCACACGUCCAGAGGAAAUAACUUUGCCUACUCCCAAAAAGCUGACAGAAGCCGUUGAUAUGACUGAAGACAUAAUAGAAAUAGAGGGAGUGAAAAAAAUUCAAGAUGUGGAAAUUUAUGCAGAACUUGCACUGCAAGACACAAAGAAUAUUGCUGAUUUGUUAAAGCUUGGUAUUGCAGGAAGACUGACUGAUGAACAAUAUGUUUCAGCCUGUCAUGCCAUACAACAUCUUGUAAAACACAAUCCAAAGGUCACACAACUUUUGCUGAACAAUUGUGUGCUGGAAUUGUCAGAUGUAACGAACGAUGCUGAAUCGAAAGGAUUUGAAAUGAGACCCGUUGUUCAGGAAAGUACUCAUCCAUAUGCUGAUGAUUCUGAAAUUUCUGGAAGUGUCAAAAUACCCGGAGCUAAUGGACUUCGCUUAGAAUUUGACAGUCAGUGUUCGACAGAAAGCAGACACGAUGUCUUAUCAAUAAAGGAUAAAACCACAAUGAUUUGUCAGUUAUCAGGUCGCGAUCAGACUGAUUGGUCAAAAGUAAUCAAUAUUGAAGGAGAUGAAAUCAAUUGGAGUUUUAAAAGUGAUGGAUCUGUAAAUGGAUGGGGAUGGAAGUUUAUAGUUUAUCCCAUUUGUUGCAUUGGUGAGAUGGAAGAAGAAAACAUCUCAAAAUUAUCCGAUUCAAAUGUCAUUUGUCGUCCUUUAGUUUCGUUCAUUUCGCAAAUUUUGGAAGUUAUUUUUCCAUCUGAUCUGAAUCAUCAACAAAUGUGGUCGGAAAAAACACUUUCGAAUUUGAUCGCAACAAAAGGAGAGGUUUUUGGACCGAUCGUUGCGGUAUUGACAGGAUGUGUACGAAUUAGUCUGAUAGGUUACGAAGUGAAAUUGUGGGCAUUACAACUUCUUCAAAAUAUCAGAAGAAAUCUUUGUCUGUUAAUAUCAAACAUUGAAGAUUUACAAACAAUAUUUCAACCAUUGCUAAAAGUCUUGCCUGACCUCAUAUCUACACAAUACAAGUAUGAAGAACCUUGUAUUAAAAAUGGAAGACAAUUGAUGUACAGUCCUUUCUUGAGGGUACUUCUAGAACUAGCAAGCGAUCUUCGAUUGAAUUAUAUUGCAAAACGUGAAGAAAGACAAAAAUUACUGACUUUUUCCGAUUAUUUCUUGGCAAAAGAAAGUAUGAAUGCUUUAGUGAAUCGAACACAAUUCCCUGUGCAAUUUAUACAGAAAGUCUACGAAAAACUAGAUGAAGUCACCGGUGAUGUGGAUGAUGAAGAUAUAGAUGAAAAUAAUUUUAUUUUUACUCAAGAAAUGGACGAACAAUUAGUCAUGUGGAUUAAUAAGAGUCCAAGCGAUUGGACAAAAUCAUGGGGAGGAAGUGGACAGAUAUUUGGUUGGGGUCACAAUCACAGAGGUCAACUUGGAGGUAUAGAAGGGGCAAAGGUGAAAGUACCGGCAUUAUGUAGUACGCUGAUUUCUCUUCAACCUGUCUGCCUCGCUGGUGGAGAACAAACCUUAUAUUCUGUGACUGGUGAUGGCAAGGUUUAUGCAACUGGUUAUGGAGCAAGUGGUAGACUGGGAAUUGGAAGUAGUGACUCCAUUGCUUUACCAACAUUAUUGGAAUCUAUUCAACAUGUCCACAUAUGCAAGGUAUCUGUCAAUUCAGGUGGCAAACAUAUAUUAGCACUUUCCUCCGAUGGUGAAGUUUACAGCUGGGGUGAAGGUGGUGAUGGAAAGUUGGGGCAUGGCUCAAGAACGUCACAUGACAGGCCACGCAUCAUUGAGUCUCUGAGAGGAGUUGAAGUUGUCGACAUAUCAGCUGGUGGAUCUCAUAGUGCCGCUAUAUCAAGUCGUGGUAAAUUAUACACAUGGGGAAAAGGAAGAUACGGAAGGCUAGGACAUGGUGAUAGUGAGGAUAGACUGAAACCCAAAAUGGUUGAAGUGCUCGAUGGUUAUCAUGUUCGAUGUGUAGCUUGUGGAAGUGGAGAUGCUCAGACAUUAUGUGUGACCUAUAAAGAUGACAGCAUGGAAGAAAGUGGCAUUGUGUGGUCGUGGGGGGAUGGUGAUUACGGAAAACUAGGUCGUGGAGGAAGUGAAAUGUCAAAAGUUCCAGUUCAAAUCGAUGGUUUGAAGAAUAAAUAUAUUAUAUCAGUGAAAUGUGGAAGCCAGUUCUCACUUGCUUUGUCAAAAGCAGGUCUUGUCUAUACAUGGGGCAAAGGUGACUAUUUUCGUCUUGGCCAUGGCACAGAUCAACAUGUUCGAUUUCCUAAAGUCGUUGAAGAUUUACGAGGAAGGAAAGUAAUUGAUGUUGCUACUGGAUCAUUACAUGUUAUCGUUUGCACUGAGGAAGGAGAAGUCUAUGCAUGGGGUGAUAAUGAUGAAGGACAGAUUGGAGAUUCAACAACGCAAGCAGCUGAGAGGGUAGUUUUAAUAAAGUCACUCUCAGAUCAAGGCGUUGAUAGAGUAGCUUGUGGAUCAGCGCAUAGUAUCGCUUGGUCGACUGGAAAUUCGAGAUUGAGACAUGGAUCAAAACAACAUAAUCUACCAAUGUCUGUUCCUCUGAAGUAUAAUUUACUGCAAGGAAUGCAUAUAUCAAUAUUAAGAAAUCGGUUGGUCCUGCUCAGUCAAUUUACAGAACUCUUCUGUUCUUGCAUUAAAUUCUUCACUCUCAUUGAUAACUCAUGGAGACAUUCACCAGUCUCAUCACUUGCAAAGGAUCUCAUGACCAGUCAUCCAAUUUAUUCAACCUCCUCAUGCUUUCCUGAUGAAGUUCGAGGCUUAUUAAUUAACUCAGGAAAAGAAUGUGUUUUCCGUAAAGUUGUUCAAACAACGAUGGUUCGAGAUAAACAUCAUGGACCAAACAUUGAGUUGAAUAGAAUUGAGAUUAAAGGUCUGAAGAAAAGUGGUCAACCUCUUACUGGCAACGAUAUAUGGAUAACUGUUUUGUCUCAAGCAACGAAGAAUAUGGACAGAUUAUUGCCAGACAGUGUCUUGCUACCACACAGAGUUUGGAAAGUUAAAUUUAUAGGUGAAUCAGUUGAUGACUGUGGCGGUGGAUAUAGUGAAUCAAUUGCAGAAAUUUGCGAUGAACUGGAAAAUGGUUCUGUUCCUCUUCUGACGCAGACUCCAAAUGGACGUGAUGAAGCAGGAGCUAACAGAGACUGUUUUGUUCUCAAACCACCUCUGCCUGAAAGUGAAGACAUCUUUCAUUCUGCUUAUCAUAGACUUUUCAAAUUUGUGGGUAUUUUGAUUGGAAUUGCUAUCAGGACUGGAAGUCCUCUCAGUUUGAAAUUUGCAGAACCAGUUUGGAAAUUAAUAUCGGGACAAUCUCAAUGUUUGACUGAUAUUUCAGAAGUCGAUAAGGAUUUCCUGCCCAAACUCAUGUUUAUACGAGAUGCAGAUGCAGAAGAACUUAAUUCAAUGAAUCUACCAUUCUCAGUUCAAAAUAUUGUUGGAAAGGAUGUCCAAUUGAACAAAUUGCAUUCUACUGUAACUGUUGGAAACAGAAACGAAUAUAUUCGUCAAGCUAUCCAAUUCAGAUUGCAUGAAUUUGACGAUGUUGUACAGCAUGUUCGAGAUGGUAUUGCACAUGUUGUUCCUCUGCCUUUGAUAUCCUUAUUUACUGCACAAGAACUUGAAACAAUGGUUUGUGGUAGUCCUGACAUUCCCAUUUCGCUUCUCAAGUCAGUGGCCUCUUUCAAAGGUGGCUCAUCUGACGAUCAACUUCAAAAAUGGUUUUGGGAAAUCAUGGAAUCUUUAACAAAUGAAGAAAAAUCUUUGUUCUUGAGAUUUGUUUGGGGUCGAACUCGAUUGCCAAGAACAAUCGCAGAUUUCAGGGGGAGGGAUUUUGUCAUACAGGUAUUGGACAAGUACCAUCCUGCAGAUCAUUAUCUACCAGAGUCUUACACAUGUUUCUUCUUGUUGAAACUGCCGAGAUAUAGUUCAAAGGCGAUCAUGGAUGAAAAGUUGAAGUAUGCAAUCUACUUUUGCAAAUCAAUCGAUACCGAUGAUUAUGCGAGGAUGAAUUUGAAUGGUGAAAAUGAAGAAGAAGAUUUAGAAGAUCUUGUUGCAAAUGCAUUACGAGUGACAGAAAUUGCCAGACAACAGCCGAGUACAUCAGGCGUUAGAACUGCAGUGAGUGCCGCCGCUACAGCAGUGGAACGUCUCCGCUCUCAGGUACGAACUACAAGCUUAAAUCUUUUGUCACGUUACUCUUCAAGUUCCACAAGAUAUUUACAAAGACACAGACGAGCACGAGCAAGCACCCUCUUGUCACGUCGUACAGACUUAGACCCAAGUACUGCCACAGCGAUAAGAAACGCUUUGUUUAGUGACAAUGAUGAAGAUAGUUGGACGAGUGGACCGGAUUCCAAUUCCGACACUGAUUCAUGGUAAAAUAUAUAGUAUAUUAUCUGGUAGUUUCAUAUUCGACUAACCAAGUACACUGUGUCUUCUUCGAAGAUGUACUCUUGACGUUGAUUGUAAAAAUAAAUUUGUGUGUAUGUGUGUAUCAA